CCCCGAUCAAGAAACAGAAGGUUAUCGGGGGCGCCGUUGAAAAGGCGGCCCCCCUCAUAGUAAUUGAUGAUCAGCCCUCCGCUGACCCCCCGGCCAUUGACACUCCGAUGGCUCAAACAGACCUUCCCCCGGGGAACAUGCCUCGGGAGAUUAUUCGGCUCUCCCUCGCUCCGGGGGCAUCUGUGUUGCACGGUUCAGCUGAACCGAUGUCUUUCCUGAGGGGGAUUACCUCGAUGAUGGAUAAGGAAGCCCUCUCCACCUAUGACGAUGACGCCCUCGAAAGCAAGGCCCUUCGAUCAGCUCUGGCUGCGUGUAUAACCUUCGGUGAGCAGGCCCGAAGGCGCGAGGAGUGGCG